AUGAAACAUUGCAGGGUUAUGAUGUGGUGGCAGUGGCCUGCCCUGAUCGUUAUGUGUUUCUUUUGUGCAUUUGAAGCUAGCGUGAGACCUCCAUGGGCACAAAGAAUAGAAAAGCUUCUGAAACCAAGUGGAGAGCUUAUAACAUUGAUGUUUCCUAUGGAUGAGAGUUUUGGAGGUCCUCCUUACAAAGUAUCUGUGUCUGAUUACGAGAACGUUUUGAUUCUACUGGGAUUUGAGGCAAUGUCCAUUGUGGACAAGGAACGUGCUAUAACACCACGCAAGGUAUAAUAUACAACAUGAAACUUUCAAAUAAGCCUUGAGAUAAUGAGAUAAUGUUAACCUUUGGAAUCAAAUGUUUUUUUUUUUUUUGAACACAUUGGAAUCAAAUGUUUAAAUUUUAUAGAAUCCAACAACUUAUAACUUUUGUAAAAUUUAAAUUUAAUUCCAUAAACAAGGGUUCUAAACUUCAUAAAGUACAAAAUUAACAAUUAAACAAAUCAUUGGAACCCAUCAAGGGUUCUAACCAUUGGACAUGCUAUAAGCGUAGAGUCCCUUAACUUUUAACUAAAAACGCUAAGGAACUUCUUCCAAUUCUCUUAUUUAAGGAUCGUUCCUUAGUUUUUUUAGUUAAAAGCUAAGGGACCAUAUCCUUAAGGACCCAGGGACACGAAUAAUGAUGCCCUUACUGGAGUUGUAGAACGAUUUUGCAUUGAGACUCCUAUAAAUCUGAAACACCAGCUGUUAUCCACAACAGUAACAAAUUGCUUCUACACGAGGAAACUCACGCUCACACAGUCAAACUUUGUUGAGAAAAUCUCUACCAUUGUCAAAGAGUUUCCUCGCCUUAGAUGAGAUUCAUCCCUUCUAUCUCGUCUUUUUUCAUGUACUCUCUCUCACUCAUUAGCAUAAUCGAUAUAAUAGGAAGCUAGUCAAGUAUGGUGAUUAUUUGUUACUUUCAUGUUGCGUAUAACCUUUGCA